AGACCAGACGGAGUUCCUAUUGGUCCAGAAUUUCAUGCUUGUUCCGCGAGGCGCAGUAGUCGGAGGGGUCAAAGGAUACCUGUUUAGUGACCAUCACUCUGAGUUUGAGGGCUGUGAUGGAGCAGCGCAAAGUUCAGGCUCCGGCUCUUUCCUUCAGCGUGGAGUCGCUCAUCGCCUGCGACAAAAGAUCCACGGAGCGGCGGAAAAGUUCCGAGUACUCGAUCGGUCAAAGUCAGGUCUCAUCGUACCAAAGCCCGGAUGAAGUCCAAACUUCACUCGUCAAGCCGGAAUCUCCGGACCCUGAGGAGAUGGAAGCUGCCUGGAUAACUGACUCUGCCUGUUCACAUACACGGCAGGUGAGUGCGCAGUGCACCCUACGCAAACACAAGUCUAACCGCAAACCACGCACACCUUUUACCACAGCUCAGCUGCUGGCACUGGAGCGCAAAUUCCACCAAAAGCAGUAUCUGUCUAUUGCCGAGCGUGCCGAGUUCUCCAGCUCCCUCACACUUACAGAGACUCAGGUGAAGAUCUGGUUCCAGAACCGUCGUGCCAAGGCCAAGCGACUGCAUGAGGCAGAACUCGAGAAAAUUAAACUGGCUACUAAAUCUCAUCUUACGCCAUGUCCAUCCUUUGCUGUGGCACUGCCUGUUGGACAACCACUCUGUAGCAACUCAUUUCCUUACCAGAGGCCCCUGGUGCCGCUCGGAGUGUACGGAACCCCGCUGGGAUAUGGCUUGUAUCACCUGGCAUGAAUGGAUGUAAGAGAAAAAACGAAACUGAAAACAAUCUGUGAAUGCAAAACACUGGAUCAAUCAGAGAUCUCAAAAGUGCCUGAAAGGAGACCUUUAUCUUGAUUUUGAUAUCAUUACUGUGUGGGUGAUUGCAUCCAUCGCUUUGUAUUUAUAUAUGUGUGUGUGUAUACAAAUGUGUGUACAAUAUUUGCUUUUUAUUAAUCUUAAUGUAUUUUAUUGUAAUGCAGAUUCUUUUUUUUAUAUUCCAAAUAUUGAUGUCUGCUGUUUUAAAUAAUUGGUUUUAGUUUGAUUAGCAUUGUACUUCAAUCUAAAUUGCAGGUUAAUUGUCAAACAUGAAGAAUCAUGGGUUAGGGUCAGGUUAUUGGUUUUUGGAUAUAACUGAGAUCCUUUCUAUGGUUAUCUCAUAAACCAACAAUUAUUUUUUUUCCAAGAAUUGUUAUAAGCUGUCUACAAACAAAUGUAGAACAUUGUACAGGCUUGUUAUUCCUUUUUACAUUUUUUUUGGCUCAAAUGUGUGGCAUUACUCUUUUUGUACUUUGAGCAUAAACAAUUUUUUCCUAAGAGCCCUUUAAAAAGGGUCACAUUGUACAGAUAAAACAGAUGAAAGUUAUUUUUUUCCUAAAGAGAAUAAAAUUAUUACCCGUG